UUUUGUUUGGUUUGGGCAAGAGGAGAUUGUAGAGCUACCAAAGCAAGCACUUAGAAGUAGCCAGUUAGUCACUAGGCUAACGUUAGUCUUCCACAUUAAGUUGAUAACGACACAGUCUGCUCCUGUCGGCAAGAUCAAGGAUUGUGUCGGACGAAAGUAAACCUACAGAAAUCGAUUUAUAUUGCGAGCGUUAGGGAAGUUUUAUAAACAUGGUGGAAUUAAGGAUCUUUAUCCCUUUCGCUCUCGUCAUUAUUUUCAGCGCGACCGCAGUGUUUGCCCAGACGCCUCCGCCAAGCAUACCCUGUGCCCAAAAGUCCAACACAAGCUGCGAGGAAUGCCUGAAGAAUGUGACGUGUCUGUGGUGCAAGACAACCAAGAAAUGCCUGGACUACCCAGUGAGGACCAUCCUGCCCCCCCACAGUCUGUGCCCCCUGAAGGAUGCUCGGUGGGGGAUGUGCUGGGUGGAUUUCCAGGCUCUGAUCAUAACCAUGUCGGUGGUGGCCGGUCUCAUCAUCAUUGCCACCCUGGUCUGCUGCUUCUGCUGCUGCAAGUGUGAGAAUAUCGGGGCAAAGAGGUUUGACGCCAAAAUGGAGCGACAGGUUGACAAGAUGAAGGCCCGCCAGGAGGAGAGGAAAGCAGAGAUGAAGAUCAGACAUGAGGAAAUCAGGAAUAAGUAUGGGCUGACAGGUGCAAACCCAUACUCCAGAUUUUAGAAGGAUUAAACGCACCGCCCUCAGUGAAAGGCCGAACUUUCCAUCACCUCCACGCCAUCCGCCGAACAACUAUCCCCCCAUGCUGAUGUUAGAGCUUCCCUCCUGUUACACAGAACGUUACAGCAUGGCAGUUCCACCAUGCAAGCGUCACAAGCGAAGUGGGCAUUAGGCCUGACCCAGGUUAUGAAGCCGACCACAAAAAGUCUUGACUUUUUAAAAGAACAUUAACGAGCUGUAUGUCAUAUUGUACUGUACUUUCUGUUUGAAGUUUGCUAAAACGCUGUGCUUAAUUUGUAAACAUGAGUGCAUGCGAGCAUGCAAGCAAGAGUUUGGAAAGGAGAAGAAACAACCGAUGUUUUCAUGUCUGCAUUUUUGGUAACAAGACGGAAGUCCCCUGUCACGGUCUGGUUCCCUCCUCUGAUCCUGUACUCACUGUGUAAAGUGGCAAGUGAUUGGCACAGACCGCAACAUCACUUGCUCAGCUGCAUCCCAGUCUAACACUGUCUUGAUUGCAUGGGUCUCAUGUGUAAGCUGUGACUUCGAUCUGUUACAUAGAGCUGUUACAACGAUAGCAUUUGUGGUUGACUCCAUAAUCAUUCUGUGUAACCCAUUACAUUACAUUAAUUUAACAGUCGCUCUUAUCCAGAGUGAUUUCCAGCACAAGAGAAUCUAUCUUAGACUGUUUAUCCAUAAUGAUAACUGAACCAAAUGGCAAUAGUUUGGAUCACAUUUUGUGUGGUUGUAAAACUAACAUUGCUGUUGUGUUGCCUCCACAACAACAAGCAGCUGCACAAUCACUUAGCUGCCUUGAUUUCUUGUGUAAUUUCAGUGAUUAUGUGUGUGUGUAUAUGUAGGACGUACUCCCGUCUUAACUGCAAUUUUCUUGGAAAACAAUGGUAAAUGGGUAAUUUUUCCAUACUCUUCAAUUUGUCAUUUUAGUUGAACCUUUUCACUACUGAUUUCCCCAGUAACAAUGCAUUGUUUUUAAAUGUUUUGCACACUCCACAUAUUUUUCAAGAAAAUGAAUGA